GAAGCUGCAAAGACAGUACACAUAUUAUGAUGACGUCAUUAAGUAACUGUGGAGUUGUUUACAAAUGGCGGCCAAUUAGUCAACACGUAGUUUGUUGAUUAAAAAGUUUGCUUAUAUCUAAAGAAUCCUGCUGGUCAGGAUGGCAUCAAGGGAAAAGGUGAAGAAGAAGAAGACAGCCCCGUCUCCAGCAGUCAAAAAAAAGUCAAAAGCACCUACUAUAUCAACAAAAGUAGAAGAAGUAACCAAUGAAAAUAUACCUGAGGAAGUCCAAGGUUCUCAGGUAUCUGUCAGAUCUGCUGCCGAUGAAAACAUCAAAGAUUUUACUGGCAAGGACCCACAGUCUGAGAUUCCUGGCCCACAGGCAAGUUCUGGAGAUCCUCAAGUAAGCACUUCAGAGGCAAAGAGAAUCAAGAAAGAUCAUGUUGAGCAGAAGCUUGGAAAGGGGGCAAGUCCUGCAAAGAUGGCAGACCAGGAGGCACAGCCAACUUCAAUUUUGAAGAAAACUGAACAUCCUAUGGGCAGUGCUGUUUCUCUUAGGUCCAAUGCAUCUAAAGAGGCUUGGAUAGAGAGAAAUGAACAAGAUGUACAAGAAUCUACUAACUCCUCAAGGAAGGGAAAAUUUGGAAGUACUUUCAGCCUGUCAAGGGGCAAUAAAGUGACCCCAGAAGCUUCAGCUACUAACCCUGCCUCCAAUUCUAGUUUAGCUAGCUCACAAGAUAAUACAGCAACCGGUCAAGAUAUUCUGGCAUCCUCUAAUAACACUGAUGCUGCUUUAAAUAGUUCACAAGCUACUAACCUGCAGACUGCUUCUAGUUUAGUUAGUACACAUGCUAGUGGGCCAACCAGUCCUGGAGUGAAGGGUUUAAAAGAUCGUCCAGCUUCUGCAUCUAACAGUAGAUCUAGUUCUAGCUUAGUACGUUUAGAAGAUAGUCAGAACAAAGAUGGAUUCAAAAAUGUUAAAGUUGUUGAAGAAGACAGUCCAGAGAAGCAUGCCUACAUUCCAUACUUGUAUGCCCGUAAUUGUAUUGCUAAAAUCAUGGAGGACAUGAAAGCAAUGAAGACAAACCAUUUGGUCAUAGUGGAGAACAUCCAGAUGCAUUAUGGGGAAAUAGAAACUGAGACACAGGAACAAUUCAACAUGUUUGUGCUGUGUAUGCGUGAGGAUUAUUCCAAACAGAGAGGCACAUUUAGGAAGGUGAUUGAUGCUCACCAGGUAGAGCUGGACAAGAAAGAAAAAUACUGGAAUGAAAUGUUGCAGAGUUUGGCAGAAAGAAAUAACCGUCUUCUGAGAGAAAAGAAAAUGUUACUGGUCCACAACAAGACAGAGAUUGAGAGGCUGGAAAAAGACAAGCAAGAACUUCAAGAGAAACUAAGUGGAGUGGUUGUUGCUCCUGUGCCAGCUCCAGUACCGGAAGCCUGGGAGGAAGAAAGAAAGCUUUUACAAGAUCAGCUAGAGACAGAGAAGGCCAAUGUGUCCAGCCUGGAGCAACAGAUUGCCACUAUGAGUAAGGAAUCAAGUGCUUCUGUAAAACUAGAGGUAGCUACAUCAUCAUCUAAGGAGACGGCUGUGGCUGGGGCGGCCGGAUUUGGUGCAGGUGCCUUAGCAACAGCAGGUGUGUUGGCUGCCACCAAAGAGAACAACAAACAGAUAGAGAAAGAGAGAAAUGAGAUUGACGAGGAGAGGAAAAAAUUAAGUGAUGAGCGUGCCAAGUUUGAGGAGGAAAGGGAAGGUUUUGCAGAGGAACAACAAAAAUGGAUGGAUGAAAUAAGCAAGUUGCAGACAGAACUGGCUGAAAAGAAUGUGUCAGGAAAUGAGUGGAAAGUGAAACAUGAUGUUCUACACGGACGUCUGGAAGAGGUUGCUGGGGUUCAAGCCAAGUACCAGACUCUGGAGAACCAGUAUGCCGCACUUGCUCUCCUUGUGAAGGGAACCGAUACCUCAGCUGCACUUAAGGAGAACAUAGAAAAGACACAAGAUGAGAAGAAAAUGAUGAAUGAAGAGAAAUCAAGACUUGAUGCUGAUAUCAACAAAUGGGAGAGAGAAUUUGAAAAACAAAAUGGCCGCAAACCAGCUGAGGAAGACAAAACUGAUAUGGUAAAAGAGAUGUAUACAACACGUGAGGAAGUGACAUACAUGGUUACCUCCCUUCAGCAUAAAGAGGACACAUUUAAGAAAGUUGAAGCUGGUAAUGUUCCUGAUGUACCAGAGAUACCACACAAACCUGUAGAUACCAGUGACCCUGAGGUUGUCACCGUGCAGGUGAAGGUACCAGACCCAACUGUUGUGGAAGAGCUGAAGCAGACACAGAGUACCAUCAUCACAGUGAAGACAGAGGUCACGACCUUACAGCAAGAGAUGUCCGAACUGAGAACCGAGAUUAGCCAUCAGAAUAAACAGUUAGCCACACAGAGAGAGACAAUUGCUGAGUUAGAACAUCAGAUAGCUGCCAUGAAGGCAGAGGGUGUUGUAGCUGGGGCAGGGGUAGCUGGAACUGCAGGCAUCUCUGAAGAGGAACUAGAGGCAUUAAAGCAGGAAAAUCGUGCAUUACGUCGAGACAUGAAGAAGAUGAUCAAACAGUAUGAACGUCUUGCUGAGAGACAACAGGCAGCUGGAGCUGGGGGAGAUGGUAAUGCAGAAAUGAAGGAGAUGGCAGAAACCAUGAGUCACCUUGACAACAAGAUUGCCGACCUUGAGUCUGAGAAUGAAGCUCUUAAGGAGGAAAGACUGGUUCUCAGGGAGAAAGUCAGGACAAUUACAGAGACAAUCACUGUGACUCACUUUGAGGAGAACAAGAAGAAUCUGGAGGAAAAAGACAAAAAGAUUGAGGAAUUGAUUGCUGAAAUCACAAAACUGCGUGAGGAGAAUGUUGCUAUGACCAAGGAUAUGAAGAAAAUGGUGAAGGCACAUGCAAAGACCAAGGGAAAACUGGAUGACCUUUUGUCUGCUGAGAAAGCUGUUAAAUUGUUGGAGAUAGUUGCAAUGCUGAUACAUGAGAUUCAUGGUGAUGUCCCAGAAGCUGCAGGAAAAGUCAACAACCGAUUGGUUGAAGCUCAGGAUUCUGUCAACCAAUCAAAACAGAUGUUAGAUAAUAAACAAGCAGCCUAUCAAGCUUGGGUUGACAAUUACCAGAAAGAACACAAUAAAUUACCAGGAAAAGAAGAUAGAAGAUGGAAAAAACUGACUUUGGAAGAAAGUGUAACAUUUCGCAUAUUCAGAGGGGAUAAGAAUGGUGAGAAAUACCAUGGAGAGUGGGACAUGGCGAAACAUGAUUUCAAGGAGAAACAUCUAUUUAUGUCUGCGCUCCUGCUGAUGAAGACGGGAGAUGUUAAUGAAGCUGUGGGAGCUGAUGGAACUGCAGAGAAAUUUGAUGUAGAUCUUGCCAAUAUGGAGAAGGCCCUGUCAUUGGCAGAUAAUCAGAUUAUUGACCUUGAGGCCCAGGCACAAAACCUCACUGAUGAAAAGAACAGAUACAAAGAGAAGGUUGAGGACCUGGAGAAGAUGUUGCUGGACUUGCAUAAACAAGCAGAAUUGAAUGCCACAUUAAUGGCAGAUUCUCAAAGUAAUGCUGAAUUGACUGAACAAAUGAGUGAGUUGCAAAAGAAAGCUGAUAGUUUUGAGGCAGAACUCAUGCAAGAGCGUAUGUCUCAUGUUAACACUAGGGAUGAGCUGGAGACAUUGCAUAAACAGAUGGACGUCCUCAAGGAAGAGAUGGAAAAUGAGAAACAAGGAAUGGAAGCAAGACUAAAUGGUUCCAAGGCUGGUCUUGAGGCACAGCUCGAUGUGAAAAAUGAGGAGAUAGAGUCUCUCAAACUGAAGAAUGAUGAACUAGAGACAGAAAAGUUGUCAAAGUUACCACCAGACUCAGCUGCAGAAAUCAAGAAGUUACAAGAUAAACUGAAAAAUCUGGAGCAAGAUAAGAGCAGCAACAAGACAUCUUCAGUGACUUUGAAUGCUCAGGUUGCAGAACUCACCUCUCAGCUCGAUGUUACAAGUAAAAACCUUGAGUCUCAGAGGGCUGCUAACAGGGAACUUGAGGCCAAGUUGAAGGCUCACAGAAUGGAAAAAGACAAGGACGCAAAAAAGAUGUCUCGUCAUUUGGAAGAGAAACAGCAGAAGACAGCAUCUGAAGACAAACAACGUAUUGCUAUGCUUGUCAAACGUGUGAAAGAACUGGAGUCGAAAGCAGGCAAAGGAACUAAUGUUGUUCCUGUGCCAAUGGGUGGUGGUGGUGGAGACAAACAUGGCAGUGCUGAGGUUCUCAUGUUGAAACGGGAGAUCAAAGAUCAAGCUGCAGAGAUCAAACGUCUGGAGAAGGAGCUCAAGUUUGCAGGUGGAGCAGGUGGUGGAAAGGGAGGAGAUUCAGUUGCUGAUAAAAAGAAAGCUGCACAACAUGAAAAGAUUUUGAAAGAGCUUGAAAAGAGGAUGGAUCAUGAAAAGGAAAAAUCUAGCAAGUUAGUGGAAGGUCUCAAAGCUGCUGAUGAGGAAAACAAAGCACUCAAAAAGGAGCUUGAUGAGAAGAAUCGCACCCUGACAAAGUUAACUGGAGAAAUGAAAACCAUCAGCAUGGCAGCAAAGGAAGGUAUAGAAGCUGCUAGCAAAGUGAAGGAGCUGGAAGCAGACAACAAAAAAUUGGGAGAGGAAAAUAUUGUCCUCACCAAGAACUUCGAAAGUGAAAGGGUUCUGAGGAAGAAAUAUUACAACAUGGUUGAGGAUAUGAAGGGCAAGAUUCGUGUGUACUGUAGGGCCAGACCAAUGAGCAAGUCUGAACUUGAAAGGGGAAAUAAGCCUGUUUGUAAGUCAUCAGAUGAGUACACUAUCAGUGUAGAAGCUACAAGAGGUCUUAAAGAAUUCCAGUAUGAUGCCAUCUUCAUGGAAGAUUCUACACAAGAAAAGAUCUUUGAGGAUACCAAUAACUUGAUCCAGUCAGCUGUGGAUGGAUACAAUGUAUGUAUUUUUGCCUAUGGACAGACUGGCUCAGGUAAAACAUUCACAAUGAUUGGAGACAAAGAGCAGAAAUUCCCAGGUAUAGCUCCCAGGGCCUUUGACAGAAUCUUCGAACUUGUGGAUGAACUGAAGAGCAAGUUUACUAUCACAGUUGAGGCAUACAUGUUGGAGUUGUACAAUGAUAAACUCAUUGACCUGUUUUCCAAGCCAGGAAAUGAAGAUACAAAGUCAUUAUCUUGGAUAGAUAUGAUGGAUGACAAACUGGAUAUCAAGAAGGACAAGAAAGGUAUGGUGUAUAUACAGGGAUCUAUCGUGAAAAGAGCUGGAAAUGCCAAGGAGUUAUUUGCCCUUUUUGAAGAAGGAAGCACCAACCGUCACGUUGCAUCAACCAAGAUGAAUGCUGAGAGUUCAAGAUCACAUUUGGUCAUUGGUAUUAUUAUGGAGGCAACAAACAAGAACACAGGAAAUGUCACAAAAGGAAAGUUGAGUUUGGUGGAUCUUGCUGGAAGUGAAAGAGUCGGCAAAACUGGAGCUGGGGCAGAGCAACUUAAGGAAGCCAUGUCCAUCAACAAAUCUCUGUCUGCCCUGGGAGAUGUGAUUUCUGCCCUCAGUAGCGACCAACAGUUUAUCCCGUACCGUAACAACAAACUCACCAUGUUAAUGCAGGACUCGCUCGGAGGAAACGCAAAGACGCUUAUGUUUGUGAACAUCUCUCCAGCGGACUACAACAUGGAUGAAACUGUUAUCUCCCUGACGUAUGCUUCGAGAGUAAAGUUGAUUACAAAUGAUGCAAGCAAGAAUGCUGACAACAAGGAAAUUGCCAGACUUAGAAAUAUCAUUGAGAAGUUGAGGAAGGGAGAAUCUGUGCAGGAAGAUGAGAUAUAGUUACCUCAAACCUCAGCAUGUUUGCAAAAUGUGAUUCGACACACAACGAAACAACUUCUGAUUUCAUAAGACAGCAGAAUUUAGACAGGCAUGAAUAGCACGAAAAGGAAAUCUGCGAUUCAACUUCUUUAUAAAGAUAACAAGAUAUGGGAAUUGUUUAGCAAAAAGUAUCAAUAAAAUGUGAUAAAAUUUUAACUGUGACAUAUCAUUUAAUAAUUGUUUGAAAAAAAAUACAAAACUGCUGUCAUACAGAAAAGUAAUUAUUUUUAUAUACUCAAUUUCUUACUUGCCAUUUUGUUUUUGUGUACAUUGGAAUACAUUUGACAGAAAUUUCACCCUUAAAUUUUUUUUUCUGUUUGAUAUUGGUUUUUUUUUUAAUACAAGGGGAUUAAUUGUUAAAAUAAUUCUGGAAAAGAGAUGUAGAUAUGACAGUUCCUUAACGAGCGCCGCAGAACAUUUAUUUUUAUUGUACAUUAUUUUUAAAGUUAUUUGGAAAAAAUUUACAUGACGUAUAUUUUUAUGUCGGUGAUUUACUGUGAUUUUUUUUCCAUAUCUAUGAUACGCAAUUUAUAACAUUGAAUGAAUAUGAUUAUUGUACAGUCUUUAAUUGAAAACUGAUUAAUUGGUUUUUACAGCUUAGUGGGUUUCAUAAAAUACUGGUUUUAUUCCUUCUAUGGAAACUUUUCACCUAAGGAUUUAUAGUAUUUUUUGUUAAGUAACAGAAAACUAUUCCUUAUACAAAAGGCACAACAAACCCUUACCAUGCUGGACACAACUAAUUCUGCCAGUCAGUCAGUAUUCUUUUGGUAAGCAUCCCUUAUAACGGUUAAUGGUACUCUCCAAAUUGAAAGACAGACAAGUUCAUUAUAGAAAUUUAAGAAAAUAAGGGCUAAAUUCUUUAUCCAGAUUAAUAAAAUUUGUCACUAGUCAGCUUGACAGCUGGUUGCAAAAUAUGUGAUUGCUCUUUUACCAGAGUUUAAGUUUGGGAAGGGAAGUUUGUUUGGAAAAUACAUCUUCCCUUCAUAGGUCCUCUUAUCUUUCAAAACUAGAGACACCUUAACUCCUAAGCUGUUUGUAAUAUUUUGAUUCUUCAGGUAUGUAGAAAUUGUUAAAUAAACCUGUCAAUUUAUUAACAAGCACAUGGUACUGUAUUUUUUAAAUAUUUUUCAUUUGAGUUAUAUUUUUGUUAUGUAUGUUUUAUUUAUUUAGCAUUUAAAACUGCAAUGUACCUAAGAUACGAGGGUUGACCCAGAAGUGACAGUACUUCUGGAUCAACCCUCGUAUUUGUUGUAGCAAUUUAACUUAGUUGUUGAUUGGAUAUUUUUUAUUUCUUACAAUUUUCUGCAGACAGAGGAUUAAGUACACAAGUUGAGUUUACAGUAAAAAAUUAUUUUUUUUGUAUUUCAUUUCAAAACUAAUAAUUUCUUCUGUACUUAUUUUCACAUUUUACAACAGUUUAAUAAUUGAAACUUGAAUAUCAUUUCAUACUAGAAAUAACUUGAAUACGUUUAAAGUGUGCAUUUACAGAGAUAUAUAUAUCAAAACUGUGAUAUUUGUUUUAUUUUCAUAAACUAGAUACUUUAUUAACUAAUUAAAAAACUAACUAUUUAUUUGUUGAUAGCAUUUUUUUAAAAUCAAAACUUGUAUGUUUACAUUCAGGCUGGUCUGUCCAAUUGUUGAUGUGAUUAUAUAUAUAUAUGUACAUGUACUAUGCAUUUACUAUGUUUAUGGGCAGGUCCUUUUUUUACUGUUGUUUAUCUAAUAGAUUAGCCUUUGUGGUUUUUUGUUUUUGUUUUUUUCUAAUGUGAACUAACAUAUUUUCAGUACUUAAAGCAGCAUGCCUCCAGAUCGUUUGACAAAAAAAAUAAAUUUUUUUUUAGGUAUCUUGAAAUAAAUGCUAUAUUUCUUAAGAAGGCUUUUAAACUUAAUUACUGACAAACUUUAUGUUACGGAAACACAUGAGAAUUAGCUGUUUUUACUACUUUUUGCGAUGAAAAUCGAAAAGCGUUUGUCACGCUUUUACUCCAGGUAAACAGUCUCCAUUAUAAAUAUCUAUAUUUUGAAGUCAUUAUUCACUACUUCAGCUAUAGCACUAUUGGUUACGAUGACGGGAAAAUGUCUUUAUUGUCGCGGCGGUUUGGGGUUCCAUUCCCAACACGGUCAUCUUUUUUUCUUGAUUUGGAACUUUUAAAAUAUGUUAGAAACAAAAAUGCAUAUUCUAAUGUUCAUAAUAUGACCAAACUUCAGUUUGAAAGAAAGGUUAUUUUUUAGCCAAAUCUGGAGGCAUGCUGCUUUAAGUAAGAUUUUGUUUCUUUUUUAAAAAAAAUGGCACUUUCGGAACAUUUUUUAGCUCACCUCUCACAUAGUGACAAGGUGAGCUUUUGUGAUCACCCUUCGUCCGUCGUCAGUCUGUGCGUGCGUGCCUGCGUGCGUGCGUGCGUGCGUGCAUCAACAAUUUCGUGUCUGCACGAUAGUGGUUUCAUUUAUGAUUUUAUUUUAACCAAACUUGCACACAACUUGUAUCACCAUAAGAUCUCGGUUCCUUUCUUGAACUGGCUAGAUCACAUUAUGGGUUCCAGAGUUAUGGCCCCUGAAAGGGCCAAAAUUAGCUAUUUUGACAUUGUCUGCACAAUAGCAGCUUCAUUUACGAUUUGAAUUUAAUCAAACUUACACAAAACUUGUGUCACAAUAAGAUCUUGGUUCCUUUCUUGAACCAGCCAGAUCCCAUUAUGGGCUCCAGAGUUAUGGCCCCUGAAAGGGCCAAAAUUAGCUAUUUUGACCUUGUCUGCACAAUAGCAGCUUCAUUUAUGAUUUUAUUUUAACCAAACUUGCACACAACUUGUAUCACCAUAAGAUCUUGGUUCCUUUCUUCAACUGGCGAAAUUCCAUUAUGGGUUCCAGAGUUAUGGCCCCUGAAAGGGCCAGAAUUAUCUAUUUUGACCUUGUCUGCACAGUAGCAGCUUCAUUUAUAAUUUGAAUUUAAUCAAACUUGCACAAAACUUGUGUCACCAUAAGAUCUCGGUUCCUUUUUUAAACUGGCCAGAUCCCUUAAUGGGUUCCAGAGUUAUGGCCCCUGAAAGGGCCAAAAUUAGCUAUUUUGACCUUGUCUGCACAAUAGCAGCUUCAUUUAUGAUUUGAUUUUAACCAAACUUGCACACAAUUUGUAUUACCACAAGAUCUUGGUUCCUUUCUUGAACUGGCCAGAUUUCAUCAUAGGUCCCAGAGUUAUGGCCCCUUAAAGGUCCAAAAUUGCCUAUUUUGGGUUUUGCAGCCAUAUAGAUACUUCAUUUAUGGUUUUAUUUGAUACAAACUUCCAAAAUAUCUUCAACAACAAUAAAUCUUGGAUUCCAUGACAAAUCAGAUCCAAUCGUAGGUUCCAGAGUUAUUUCAUAUCUGAUUACCUCCCCUGAUUGUAAUCAAAAUGGAUUUAUAUCAGUAAGUACUUAUAGGACUUAUUUGAAAUUUCAUUAUUGUCUUUAGUUGGACUGAGCCAAUCAGGGUAGAUAACUAUGGACUGAUUUUAUGUCAAAUUACCUCCCUUUAUUUCAAAUUAAAACGGGGAUAUCUUCGUAACUAACGAAGAUACUGAUCUGAAAUUGCAUUUAUGUCAACAGAUUUAUUUGGCAGAUCCUUCUUUUGUUCACUUACAAUAAUUUUUUUUUAAUUACUUCCCUUUUACGUUACUAUAAAUAGCUUAAUUUUAGUAACUUUUUUAUUAUUGGUCGUAGGGAAAAACCGAGACCACGUUUCUGUGGUACAACAUGGAUGGUACCUCCAAUUUUUAGGUGUAUUUUGACAUAUCUGUACCUUGUAAGAAUUUUUUUUUCUUUUUGGUUAAAUUUCUUCCCUUUGUUGUUCCUGUCCUUUGGACUUAGAUAUUUUUUCUGAGGACCUUCUUGUCCUCAAGUGCAAUGGUAACAGGUGAGCGAUAUAGGGCCAUCAUGGCCCUCUUGUUUAUAAUGAAUAGUCAAAAAGUCCAGUUGAUGACAUCAUACAAUAUGAACAUCAUAAUGUAUUGUCUAAUAACCAGUUAAAGACAUUAUAUUAAUGAAAGCGAUUUUCUUCCUUUAAUAUGGUUAUUUGUUUAGUUGUUCUUAGUUUCAUCAUAAGCAAAAUAAUGAUAAAUAAAGUCAAAUUCAGAUACAGCUCUGGACAGUUUCUGAAAUAUUCUGAUAUUUGUGAUAUUUUUUUCUCCUUUUUAUGUCGAUUUUCUGUAAUAAACAUUCAGCAUUCUCUAA